GAAGCGCGCCGGUGUUAUUCAGCCGGUGUUUAAAUGUGGAGAAGGAAGACCGUUCAAAAGUUGUUGAAUGGUCGAUGACACAUAUUCAUAUGUCUUUGUGUCAGUUUAUUGUUUGAAAUGGCCAUUUCGUGUGCCUAUCCUGGGUGUUGUAAUAUUAAAAAACCUAAAAGAAAAUUUUCGCUAGGAAAGAAAAUGGUGACUUUUCAUAGAUUUCCUAUAAGCAAUCCUGAGCGAUGGAAGCUGUGGUUGCUCGCGCUGCACUUGGAUAUCAACACACCCGAACAUGCUCUGAUGUUUAAGAGAGUGUGCAGUGAUCAUUUUUUCCACGAUGAUUUCAAACCCUCGCAGCAAGGAAAUCGACGUUGUCUGAAAGCGUCGGCUGUGCCCAAUACGUUUUUACAGCAAACAGAGUAUCCGUCUCGUAGAAAUCUAGAGUCCCUAGCAAAAGACAAUGACGCUGAGCUGGAGGUCCGGGGAGCAGGAGAGUUUUUGGCUAAUGUUCCACAGUCAACACCAGUAAAGCAACAGGACUCUGGUCCAGGAACUACCACGAGACAGUUUGCAGAUUCAAGUCCUGAAAGUGUUGGAAAGAGGACAAAACCUUCAACAUUUUAUGUCCUCCCUGCAAUACACUCCCACCAGUCUUGUGGUGGACGGCGGCGGAUCCUGCAGAGGAUGACUGUGAAGAUAUGUUCAGCUGAACUGAUUGAGAUAAGAAACGAACCAACAGAAGAAGAGGAACGAUUUGAUGGUGAAGAUGAUGAAGACGGUGAUGAAGAUGAUGAAGACGGUGAUAUUUUUGGUCGUGUUGAUGAUGAUGAUGAGGAUUUUCUUCCUUCAGAUGCCAGCAGCGAUUCCCUUUCUGAUGGAGAAGUGGCCUCUACAUCAGAAGAGCACAAAUGGGAGUUUCACUGUGAGCAGUGUGGGAAGGAUUUCUUCUCCGCUAAUAAGCUGAAAAUUCACUCGAGAGGACACAAUGCUGACAAGCCUUUCCACUGCAAAGUAUGCGAGAAGUUUUUCAACACCAAAGAAUCUCUUGAUGUUCAUAAGGGAUCACACAAGAACGAAAAGUUGUACUCGUGUCCUCACUGUGAGAAGAGAUUUUAUUGUUCGUCUGCUGUUAGGAGACAUGUGCGGAUACACACCAAUGAGAGACCGUAUCUGUGCAGUGAAUGUGGAAAAACCUUUCGGGAGUUAACUUCUUUAAAGAAACACCAAGCAACACACACUGUGGAGAAACUCUAUCAGUGUUCACACUNUUUGCAAUAUUGGUCUACAACUAUUGAGCUUUGUCAAGAUUCAACACUUUCCACAUGUGGUACUCUGCCUGCACCUCUGAAAACAAGAAGUCUCUCCAGCGCGUCAUUAAAACAGCAGAGAGGAACCGAUUCCCAGCUCCCUAAUCUGGAGGACAUCUACAGAACACGCUGCACCCGAAAGGCAAAAACAAUCAUUAAAGACACUUCACACUGCACAAUAUCUUCACCCUCCUGCCGUCUGGGAAACGAUAUCCAGUAG